AUGAACAAUUGGCCUUUAAUCAUAUCAAAAGGUGCUGAUGAAGGUCACGCUGCAGGACAAUUACGUGUCGAUGUUUCGUUCAGCAAUCGGAUAGGAAUUGAUAAAGAUCUAAAAUGGCCGUCUAUUCUUUUGAAUUAUUUUAAAAGAUCGGCUAGAGAAGGCAUACUUGGACGCAGAUAUUGCUAUCAUAAUGGGAUUGGAACUAGUACAGAUCAGGAAAAGGCAUUGGAAUUAUUUCAAACUUGGAAAAUGGAAGAACUCAAUGCUAACUUGCCCAAUGUAUGA